AGAGAAUUAUAUAACUCGAAAUUGUGAUGGAAUGGAAUGGAAUGUGAUAGCAAAUGAAGAGGGGAGGCACUGUUUUUAUAGGGUCGAACGCCAAGCGUCCAACUCCAAGCAUCCGGAUUUGGACGUUAUGGCUAUGUGUCCCGGCCAAUCUGCUUCUCACGUGUCAUUCUUAGGCUGCAAUUUAGCUGAAGCGUCCAACUCCAAGCGUCCAAGUUGGACGCCUCAGAUCCUGGUCCGUUGGGCUUCGUGGCUGCUAAACCGAGUUAUGGCAGAUUCCGAUCACCGCCGCCUCAUCCUCCGCAACUUUCUUCCUCUCGAUCUCUGCAAGGAAUUACAGUUUAUACAUAAGAGCUGUUGCGCAGUUGGGUACAGACCAAAUGUCUUCUCAACAACUCUCUCUCAUCUAAUUGCUACUAAUUGCUCUCAUUUGAUCAUGCCCAUUAUCCCUAUCAGAGAGAGACUGAAGGAUGCAGUGGAAGAGUACUUUAAGUGCACGCUUCAACUGUUUGUUGAAUUCACUGGACUCAUAAGCUGGUGUAAAGGAGCUAGCAUUGGUUGGCAUAGUGAUAACAACAAACCUUAUCUUAAGCAACGGGAUUUUGCGGCAGUUUGUUAUUUGAAUAGUUAUGAUGUGGAUUUCAAAGGAGGGAUCUUUCAUUUCCAGGAUGGUGAGCCAGAAAUUAUCUUGCCCAUGGCUGGUGAUGUUGUUUUGUACACAGCUGAUGAGCAAAAUAUCCACUCUGUUGAUGAGGUAACUGAUGGGGAACGCAUAACACUUACUCUGUGGUUCAGCCGCGAUGCAUCUCAUGACGAAGAUUCCAAACUCAUUUCAUCCCUCUCAGAAAUUUCGGUGGAUGAUUUUGACGACAAAUGCAAUUCCGUUUUACCCAUUCCAGCACCCAUUAACAUGCAAUGGUUUCCUCCAGAAGAAUCCUCAAAGUUUUCUUCGGGAUUCGAUAUAAGAUGUGGAAGGUUGCAUGUCCUUGGCUUUGAGCUUUACUCAUCUGAGGGCAUAAUUUGCGGCUCGCCAUCGGAAGAUUCGUCUAGAAAUCUGUUAGAACUACUUCAAGAGCCUCUCGUGUUGGCAAAAAUGGACGAGUUGUCUGCAAGCACAUUUGCAAAUGCUACACAUGCCCUUCAGGUGGUGCUGUUUUAUUGUUGGAAGUUCUUAGAUUUGAAGACUGAACUCAAAGUGGCUUCUUCUGCUGAGGUGAGUCUGGCAUCUGAAACACAAAGGGCACACACAAACCAUUUGAAGCACAUCUUUGUGAAGGAUCCCCAAAUGGCAGAGACAUUUUUUGGCUUCCGAACGCGUCUCAACGGCGACCAAAACAAAUUCGAUUGGUCUGGUUUUUCUGCUGCAGUGUCUGAAUGGGAAGCCUAUACUUGCAGGUUACACAAUGAACUGCUUCUGAGUUUAUCUCAUUGGAGAACUCAUCAGUUCAUUUUUUGUUUUCCUCAUGGGAAAGUUGAAUAGCUUUGGUUAACACAGCAUGUGCUUUCAACUAGUUGGCAUUGUAUGGUUUUUCAAGGGAAAACUCCCCUAUUGUAAAUGAGUAUGAAACUCCCCUAUUUUUUUUGUUCAUUACUUUUGCAAGACACACACUCAAGGUGAGAAAUUAAGAGCGGAAACGUUA